GGGUGGGUGCAGAUUCACCUGCCCGAGAGUCAGAAAGCGAGAGGAUGACCUAGACUGCAAAUUCUCAUCCUCUUCUGCUCCGCCAUGCCUACAGGAGUUUCCGUUGGCUCUGUGGCUGCCGAUCUUUCUUGGGAGGUGAGAGCCAACAAUCGGCUUUUCCACAGAAAACAACGGAGGAGAUCCUGUCUUUGCCUCCACAGAGGCAGAUAUUCUGACAAUGUAAUCCGCAGUUAUAAAUAUUCCGCCCUGACCUUCCUGCCUCUCUCACUGUUUGAGCAGUUCCAGCGCAUCGCCAACAUUUACUUCCUGUGUAUUGUGGUUUUACAGAGCAUCCCCGCCAUCUCCACCCUGCCCUGGUACACCACCAUGAUCCCUCUGCUGACUGUGCUGUCUGUGCGAGGCUUCAAAGACCUGGCCGACGACUUGGCCCGCCGACACAGUGACUCUCAAAUCAACAGGCAACCAUGUGACCUGUUAACCAAUGAGGGGUGA